GCUCUUGUAGUGACUUUUACCAUUUUAUAGUGUACCCAAAAUUGGUAUAUAUAAGCAAAGGUAGUAACGUUUCAAUUCAACAUUGAGAAAAAUCAGAGCAACUCUGUUUUUUCUUUCUUCACUCUUUAUUCUUCAAAUACAUUCACACACACACACACAACACUUAGAAAUGGAUUGUUCCUUCAUACCCUUCUCAUCAAAAUCAAAUUUUUUUCCACAAUCUUCAUUUGGGUCACAAGAUUCAAUCUCUUUGAAUCCGAAAAACCACAACGAGUUUCUCCCUUUCAAUGAAAACGACCCAGAAGAAAUGCUUCUAUAUGGCAUGAUAACUUCAUCACCACAAGAACAAACACUAAGCAAAACUAGCAACGAAAAAACAACAAAGAGCAACAAAGAUAAGAAUAAUAAGUCUUAUCGUGGCGUUCGACGUAGACCAUGGGGGAAAUUUGCAGCAGAAAUAAGGGAUUCAACUAGACAUGGCAUAAGGGUAUGGUUAGGAACAUUUGAUAGUGCUGAAGCAGCAGCACUAGCUUAUGAUCAAGCUGCUUUUUCAAUGAGAGGUUCAUCUGCAACACUUAAUUUUUCAGUUGAAAAGGUUAAGGAAUCACUUAGGGACAUGAAUUAUUUGUUGUCUAAUGAUAAUGAGUGUUCACCUGUUAUUGCUUUGAAGAGAAAACAUUCAAUGAAACGUAAAAUGGAUGAAAAGAAGAAGAAACAUGACACAGAUGUUAGGUUAGAUAAUUUGGUUGUGUUUGAAGAUCUUGGUGCUGAUUAUUUGGAACAAUUGUUGAUGUCUUCUUCUGAUGAUAAUCAAAAUAUUUGGUGAAUUAAUGUAAUUUGUAGCCAUUAAUUAAAUUCAAUGGUGAACUAUAUACAAAUAUAUUUGUUUAUUUAAUCCAUAUUUUUUUUUUCUUUUCUA